AUGGCUCAUGGUCACCACCCGCCAGGCGCCGCGGGGGGGGCCGUUGAUAAACAAGAUGCGGGCUCUGAUUUACUUGAGGAUGAUCUAUUUCAAAAUCCUAUCCUUCCCGCUACUGUUAUACUUCCGGAUGAAAAUCGCGACUCGAAAAACUCUCUGUGUCUUGAACAUGGAAUGAAUGAAUCGGGUCCAUUACUUGAAAAACGAGACGAAACUACCUCCGCCGACCCAACUGUUAUUGAGACUGUAUUGCAGAUAGUCGACGCCAGCUCACACACCCUCCCUCAGUCGACCGAUACUGAUAUUCCGAUGACGAUAUCGGUUUCUGCGGACGCCAGUAGCACUCUCCCGGACGCGGACAGCUUGACUGCAAGUGCGAGUGCGACUCUGAUUGCGAGUGCGAGUGCCUCUAUAGACUUAGGACUGUUGAACUCGUUGACGCCCGCCCCUGCUAUCCAGCCAACAACAUCGCCACUACCCCAAACAUCAUUUUCAAGCAACUCCACGAUCUCAACUCAGACCUCUUUGGCCACUUCCUCGAACUCUACAACUCAAAUCACAUCAACAUUAAAAUCUGCCUCAGCAACAGUCAUCAAUUCGUUUGCAUUGACCUCCACUCCCCUUGUCGGUCCUUCUAGCUCUAUUCCCUCUGUUACGACGACAUCCACUCAGGUGCACAAUCACUGGUCAUAUUCCGGUUCUAGCUCCGACUUCAGUUUCAACCCCAGCUUCAGCUUCACCUCCAGUCCCACUUCAACUCACACUUCUAGUUCUAGUUCCAAUGACUGGACGAGCCCGACGUCCAGCACAGACUACACAACCUCUUCGUCAGCUGUGUAUGGUGGUUCUGAGUCAACUGAGUCAGCGACUGGUACUGGAUCUGCGCCAACUACAAGUGAAACGAACGCCUCGGGGGGUCCAACAAUCGACCCCGAGACAUCUAAGAUUGUGGGCGGUGUAGUGGGAUCAGUUGCCGGGCUUGCCCUCAUCCUUUUCCUUAUAUUUUACUACCUCCGCCGCCGAGGACUCUUCAUGGCAAAAAUGGGACGUCCCAAUAUGUUAGGUGACGCAGCAGCAGGGGCUGGAGCAGGGGCCGGGUCUCGAGAAGUCGUCGAGCGGCGCGAAAGCAACGAUCCCCUCUUCACAGCCUCAUACCUCGCCCCCGCAUUCAUGAAGCGAUGGCGCCAGUCAACAGCAACAAUGCGCUCUGAUAGCACGAUCGACUCUGCCCCCAGCGAGCGCGGAUUCCAAAAGAUCUCCGGCAGAAAGCUUCCUCCCGUCUUUACCCACGGCGGCGACGGAUAUGGCGGCGGAUUAGACGGCGAUUCCCCCACCAUACCAGGCUUCACUGCCACCUCCCCAGCUACGGGACCAAUGGGAUCACCUUCCUAUGCUCCGCCCCCAACCUCGCAAUAUGGCGGUAUGCCCCUGGACUCAAAAUACACCCGCGAGGUUGAAGAGCCCGCCCCACCCCUGCGGUCCAACCCUGUACACCUCCCUAUCUCCAGCUCGGUCAACGUCGCUACCCCGAUCACUAUCACACCGGCCCACCCCAUUGCACAACCCCAGAGCGCAGUACCUUUCGCGCCACCACGGCCAGAUGCGCUCGGUCGCAGUCUGCAUAGCUUUGACGGUAGUCGAAGCAGCCGCUUCACUGAGGUCAUUGACCCGUGA